CUCUGGCAUGUCUCUCUCGAGUGAUGACCAGUUCACAUUUUACAGAUGACAUCUCUUUUUUCUUUUUUUUUUCUCUCUCUCUUUAUUUCUUUUCAGUAAUAAUUUCUCCCUCUCUUUUUCAUUCUCUCUCUUACCAACCACUUUCCCUCUGUCCUCUUUACAAAUCAAAUUAAAUCUCCUAUAAAAUUCCCCAGAUUCUCGUUUGCAGGUUUUAUCCACAUUCCUCUUUUCUAUUUCCAGAUUUUUUCGUUUCCUUCUACAAAAACACACACAUUAAUUUUUCUGGGUAUUUUGAUUUCACCAUUUGAUUUUAUUUUUUCUUGGGGGGGAAGAAUUCCAGGUUGUAAUUUCGUGAUCCUCAAUUCUAUUUUUCCUGUACAAAAUAUUUAAUUUCAUUAAAUUCUAUUACUGGGAUUUUUAUACAAUUCAAAAACCUUUUUAAUCUGAUUGAAUUGUAUAAAUCCGUAUACAUUUUCUGGGUUUUUAAUUUCCUGAUUUGGGGUUUUUUUAAAAGAUCAUUUUGAUCCCAAAUUGUCAAUUUUUGCUGUAAUAUUUAGAGGGUACUUUUGAUUUUGUAUAUCUUUGUUCAUCAUAAAUGGGGAAUUGUUGUAUAACACCAAAUGGGGGUGAAGGAGUUGAGAAAAAAAGAGGUAAGAAAACAAGAGAAAACCCAUUUGCAAGUGAAUAUAAAUUCGGGGGUUCAAAAUUGGUAGUUUUGAAAGAAGCAACAGGAAAUAAUAUUGAGGAGAAUUAUGAACUAGGUAGGGAGCUUGGUAGAGGUGAAUUUGGGAUAACAUAUUUGUGCACUGAUAAAGCAACUGCUGAGGUAUUUGCUUGUAAGAAGAUAUCGAAAAAGAAGCUUAGAACUGCAAUUGAUAUUGAAGAUGUUAGAAGGGAAGUUGAGAUCAUGAAACAUAUGCCUAAACACCCUAACAUUGUCACUCUUAAGGAUACUUUUGAGGAUGAUUAUGCUGUUCAUUUGGUCAUGGAGUUGUGUGAGGGUGGUGAAUUGUUUGAUCGGAUCGUUUCGAGGGGACAUUACACCGAAAGGGCGGCUGCUAUUGUUAUGCGCACCAUUGUUCAAGUUGUUCAGGCGUGCCACAAACAUGGAGUGAUGCACCGUGACUUGAAACCCGAGAACUUCCUUUUUGGAAAUAAGAAGGAAGCAGCACCUCUUAAAGCCAUAGACUUUGGACUCUCAGUAUUCUUCACUCCUGGUGAAAGAUUUAACGAAAUCGUGGGGAGCCCGUACUAUAUGGCUCCUGAAGUUCUUAAAAGGAAUUACGGCCCUGAAAUAGAUAUCUGGAGUGCUGGAGUCAUCCUUUACAUUUUGCUGUGUGGUGUUCCUCCUUUUUGGGCAGAAACCGAGCAAGGAGUAGCACAAGCAAUUAUUAGGUCCAUUUUGGAUUUUAAGAGAGAUCCUUGGCCUAGAGUAUCCGAUAAUGCAAAAGACCUCGUGAAAAAGAUGCUUGACCCUGAUCCUGCACGCCGACUUACUGCACAGCAGGUGCUAGAUCAUCCUUGGUUACAGAACAUCAAAAAGGCUCCUAAUGUUUCUUUGGGCGAAACAGUCAAAGCUAGACUUAAACAGUUUUCUGUGAUGAAUAAGUUAAAGAAAAGAGCUUUACGGAUUAUUGCUGACCAUUUGUCAGUGGAGGAAGUUGCCGGAAUUAAGGAAGGAUUUGCAUUGAUGGACACCGGGAAAAAGGGAAAAAUUGGCAUUGAUGAAUUAAAAUCUGGAUUGCAUAAGCUUGGUCAUCAGAUUUCAGAAGCGGAUCUCCACAUUCUUAUGGAUGCUGGUGAUGUAGAUAAAGAUGGGUUCUUGAAUUACGGAGAGUUUGUAGCAAUAGCUGUUCAUCUAAGGAAGAUGGGAAAUGAUGAGCAUAUGCAGAAAGCCUUCUUAUAUUUUGAUCAAAAUAGAAAUGGGUAUAUCGAGAUAGAAGAGUUAAGACACUCUCUAGCUGACGAACUUGAUGACAAUAGUGAAGAAGUUAUAGAUGCCAUUAUGAGAGAUGUCGAUACAGAUAAGGAUGGACGAAUAAGUUAUGAUGAGUUUGCGGCAAUGAUGAAAGCCGGAACAGAUUGGAGGAAAGCCUCAAGGCAGUAUUCACGAGAGCGGUUUAAUAAUUUGAGCCUGAAAUUAAUGAAGGAUGGUUCAUUGCAAUCAGCCAAUGAGGGAAGAUGACCCUUGAUGUGGUCAGUAUAAGAGCUUUGAUUUUCUUGGGAUUUCAUUAUUGUUGUUUUGCAAUCAGCCAAUAUUUUCAAAAGAUAGAUUGAGAUAAGCCCUUGUGAAGGAUGAUAGGGCGUGCUCGAUAUAUGUACGUGUUCGUUUUUUGGUGUUCUCAUUUUUCUUUGGAGGAGAAUAUCUAUCGAGUUUUUCUUCUUUUCUCUAUUUUCUUUCAAGGAGGGGGGGGGGGGGGGGGGGGAGGUUGUACUGAAGAA